AAAUAAAUUGCAAGAAUCCGACGAUUGCAGAAAAAUGGGUGAAACAGCUGCUCCAGUGGCCACGGCCAACGACCUCCCACUUCCGGUUGGACCCCAGCCAGGAGUUCACUAUCCAAUUAAGACUGAGUACUGUGGAAACUGUUCAAUGCCAUUUGAAUUCUGUGAAAAUUACCCCGACUACGAGGGGUGCAAGGACUGGUUGUCCAAGAAUCUCCCGGAUCAGUUUAAACAGCUGAGUGUCGCAACUGCCGAAGGCGAAUCUGACGCGGAGGAGAAAAAGCGUCAAAAGCGCGGCGGGAAAGGGAUGGUUAAACCUAAGAAGAAAGAGGCAGAGCAAGACAAGAAAAUAAUCCUCUCCAUGGCUCCCCGGGGCAAAAAGAAGGCAGUGACUGUUGUCCAAGGUAUGAGAACCUUCGGAAUAGACUUGAAGGUUGCGUCAAAGUUUUUCUCGUCAAAGUUUGCCUGCAGCUCGUCGGUGACAGGGGACGAUGAGAUAGUGAUCCAAGGAGACGUGAAGGAUGAAUUGUUUGAUAUACUGCCGGAGAAAUGGCCGGAGAUUGAUGAGGAUCUGAUCGAUGAUAUCGGAGAAAGAAAACGUUCAUAGUAGAAAUGUAUCUUAAA